AUGGCAAGAGGACCUUGGGACAUCCCCAGCAUCAUCACACAGUGUCUCUCGCCAGCAAAGCUGAUAGUUCGCAUACUCAAUCUCAUCUUCUCCUUCCUUCGCCCCUACAAUCCAAUCCGGCAGAAUGUCACGUUGGUCUGCAUAAGCGACACACACAACCUCAUCCCGAAGCACGUACCCUUUGGAGACGUGCUCAUCCACGCUGGAGAUCUGACACAAGGCGGCACUCCGAGCGAGAUUCAAGCACAAGUGGACUGGCUGGAUUCUCUGCCUCAUCAAUACAAGAUCGUGAUUGCUGGAAACCAUGACUCGCUGCUCGAAGUGCGAAGUCGUGGGACGCUCGACCUCGCAGACCAGAAUGUCGACAUAAAUUGGCGCUCGAUAAUCUAUCUCCAAGAGGACCCUGCUCGACUACAUUUUCCGAGCCGAGGAUCUCAUGGUGAUGGCUGUACGCUCAAGAUCUAUGGAUCCCCCAUCGUUCCACAUGUCGGAGGGCCAGAACAUGCAUUCCAGGUACCUAGGACUAAGGAUCUAUGGACUGGACGAGUGCCUCAAGAUACAGACGUCUUGAUCUCACACACGCCACCCAGAUAUCAUCUUGAUCUUCCAGGCGUCAGUCCUCUCGGCUGUGAAUUCUUAUUACGAGAAGUUCGACGUGUGAAGCCUGCUGUGCACGUCUUUGGACAUGUCCACGCGGCGAGAUCUGACAUUUUUGGCCAAUUAUCUGGAGGGCAGGAACUCGUACGCUGGGACUUGACAGAACGACAUCUCGAAGGUGUGUUCUCCGCGGAAUCACCAGACGGGCUAUUCAGCUUCAUGUUCAGCUUGAUCAAUCCGGUAACGUGGUACCACUUGUGCGGCUUCUGGUUCUAUAGCUUACGAGCGCUUGUUCUGGAGCGUCUACUCUGGACCGAGCCGCCUCCUACCACGAGGAUGGUAAAUGCAGCAUUGAUGCGAUGCGAUGAAGGUUGGCUGGGCAAUGAGCCGCAGGUAAUACAUGUAUGA